GCGUAUGUACCACGGUCAUCAUUCUCCAUCGUUUUCUAUUCUUCGUUUAUUUUGUAGCACGAGGGUGGUAAAACGUAUAUACAUGUUUUUAUAACAUGAUGGUUUUCGGCUGGAUGCUUUGCAUUUUUAUCAUAGGUAGUCGAGCGACAGCGAACAAUGGAUUUAAAAGUUAUCCUACAACAGUAAAGACCUUCGAAAACGAUACAGUUUUGCUUCCGUGUUACGUGGAGGAUCUUGAUAACGUGCAGACAAGGGUGAGGUGGUGGAGAGAUGGUAUCCUUUUAGCUGACAGCGGCGAACCACGACACGAACCACCUGAAAGAGUUAAAAUGUACUCAAACAGAAGCUUGGAGGUCUCCCACGUGAAACGGAACGAUACCGGGGAAUAUGUAUGCCAAGCGUCUCGACCAGCUCCCUGGGGACAUGCCACACAAGUACACGAGAUUGAAGUAAUGUAUCCACCUAGCGUUCAUCCAAUACCAGAAUCUGGUAAACUGGAAGUGAAUUUAGAUGAAGAAGUAGAUAUGGCAUGUGUCGCAAAAGGUGUUCCAGUUCCGAUCAUUACUUGGAGGAAUAAGGACGGAGAAAUACCACUUUUAUAUGAUAGAUCACGUCUACGAUUCCAUGCUGAAAGCCCGAGCAAUGCUGGUCGAUACACUUGCGUUGCAAACAAUGAUGUUGGCGAACCUGCCAUGGCCACCAUAGAUUUGCACGUUAGAUACAAACCUAGAAUCGAGAUGACGAAAACUUGGAUGCAUGCACCCGCUGGGAUACGAGUGCAGCUGCAUUGUGGGGUUACUGCUUGGCCAGAGGCAACGGUGGAGUGGUAUUUCAACAAUAAAAGCGUGAAAUAUUCAUCGAGGAUAGUGAAACAUAAUGCGGGCAGCGAUCAUAGUUUGGUAAUAAGGAACGUCAGGACGACAGAUUAUGGUUUCUAUCUAUGCAGAGCUUCGAAUUCCUUAGGAAUUACGGAAGCGGCGGUCGAAUUAUCGGGUAUUGCAAAUCCGGCCGUUUUUAAAAACACUUCGCAUAGUUUGUCUAAGACUUCGUACAAUUUCGUCUGGGAGGUUCACAGUUACAAUCGUAUCGUACAAUACGAAUUUAAAUUUCGUAAAUAUGUGAAUGGCGUUCCUGGACAAUGGCGUAAAUUAUAUAUACCCAGCGGUAGCGAUGGAAAUAGUUAUAUUCACACAUAUUCCUUCAAAUUGACAGGAUUAGAAGAAGCAACACAUUAUGAAGCACUCGUUUUAUCAAAAAAUCGUUAUGGUUGGAGUAAACCAUCGGAAAUAAUAAGAUUCGCUACAGAAGGUGCUUCAGAUAAGGAUAAUUAUAUAACAAACGCAAUACAAGAGGAUACAAUAAUACCAGCUGUGCAACUUGCAUCGAUAUCGCAACAUUCUCCUUUAGAUACUGACAGAAGUAAAUCUUCUUUUAUCCAAGCAAAAAUCAUGACAAUAAUGACAAUGAUAUUCAUAUUAUAUACUUUUAAUAUAAAUUUUUGUAAAGUAUAAAAUAUUUGUUAAUUAAAUUAGGUUUUAUAAGUUAAUUUUAUUAUAAUAUAUUUUAUGAGUUAAUUAUCUUUAU